AUGGAAGAAAUAAAUCACACUGCAGUGGCUGAGUUCAUCCUUGCUGGGUUAACAGAGAAUCCUGAGCUGCAGCUGCCCCUGUUCCUCAUCUUCCUGGCUCUCUAUGUGGUUACAGUUGUUGGAAACCUGGGCAUGAUCAUCUUGAUUCUGUUUAGUUCCCAACUCCACACACCCAUGUAUUAUUUACUCAGCAGCCUGUCCUUUAUUGACUGCUGCCAGUCCACUGUCAUCACUCCCAAAAUGCUGGUGAACUUUGUGGCAGAGAGGAAUGUCAUCACUUACUCAGAAUGCAUAGCUCAGUUCUAUUUCUUCUGUACUUUUGUUGUUGCAGAAUGUCACAUGUUGGCUGCAAUGGCAUAUGACCGCUAUGUGGCUAUCACUAACCCUUUACUUUACAAUGUAACCAUGUCCUAUCAAGUCUGUUUAUUGAUGGUAGCUGCAGUGUACGCUGUUGCCUUUUUCAGUGCCACAGCUCACACUAUCUUCUUGCUAAGAGUGUUUUUCUGUAAGGCUGAUAUAAUAAACCACUACUUCUGUGACCUUUUCCCAUUACUGGAGCUCUCUUGCUCUAAUACUUUUAUCAAUGAAUUCCUAGCAUUGUUCUUCAGUGCUUUUAACAUUAUUGUGCCAGCUAUGACCAUCCUUAGCUCCUAUAUCUUCAUCAUAGUCAGCAUCCUCCACAUUCAAUCCACUGGGGACAGAGCCAAGGCCUUCAGCACCUGCAGUUCCCACAUCUUGGCUGUGGCUGUCUUUUUUGGUUCUACAGCAUUCAUGUAUCUACAGCCAUCUUCCAUCAGUUCCAUGGACAAGGGGAAAGUUUCCUCUGUGUUUUAUACUAUUGUUGUGCCUAUGUUGAAUCCUCUGAUCUACAGCCUGAGAAAUAAAGAUGUCAAAGUUGCCUUAAUAAUGUUACUACAAAAGGUGUUCCCUCAAAACUAA